UCUUAUUCGCACGCACCGCUUUGACAGUUCAGCGUUUAAUCGGCUCGACUCUGUUGGCGGCGACUCCCCAGAUCCACCUGCGUCUGGAGUUUUGCGGGCUGCGUUUGGGCUACGGUCAUUCAGCAGUAACAAGUGUGCCCGCCUCAUGAUUUAUACUGUAUACAGUCUAUAUCGCUGUUUGAGAUAUCGAUGCACUAGUACGACGGCUUUGUUGUUUUUGAUUUGUUUCGGUGGGUGUUUAUGUCCAUCGGGGUUUUAAAUUGAUUUUAAACCAGAACGUCAAAGGACACAAACAUGUCCCGAAAUCCAGAAGAAGUUAACAAGCUUGCAGAAAGUACAUAUAAGAAUGUCAUGGAACAGUUCAACCCAGGGCUGCGGAACCUGAUCAACCUGGGGAAGAACUACGAGAAGGCUGCGUCUGCCAUGACCUUGGCCGGAAAAGCGUACUUCGAUGCCGUUUCAAAGAUAGGGGAAAAUGCUGCGAUUUCUCCUGUCUCCAGGGAGCUAGGGGUCGUGUUGAUGGAAAUCUCCGAGGUUCACCGGAACGUUCACCUUGAACUGGAGGAGACCUUCCGAAGGUUUCACAAAGAGAUCCUCUCUGAGCUGGAACGGAAGACAGACAUGGAUGUUAAAUAUAUGAACGCCACAUUCAAGAGGUACCAAGCGGAGCACAAAAUAAAGCAGGACUCACUGGAGAGGUCACAGAUGGAUCUGAAGAAGCUUCGCAGGAAGAGUCAAGGGAAGAAUGCCACCAAAUACGAGAGCAAAGAGAAUGAGUGUGUGGAGACUCUGACCUCUCGACAAAUGGAGAUACAGAAUUUUGUAGCGGACGGCUACAAAGAGGCCCUCCUGGAGGAGAAGAGGAGGUUCUGCUUCCUGGUCGACAAGCACUGCACCUUCACCUACCAGAUCAGCACCUUCCAUCACAAAGCAGAGGAAAUACUCCUGCAGAAGGUCCAGAGUUGGCAGGACAAGUGCAGCGACGCCACCGUCGUGCCGGACAACAUCCUGUCAGUAAUCGAGGGACUGCGCAUACCGGUGUCCUACACCCCCCUGCCAUCACCCAUGAUGGAGCGCAGCAACAAGAACCCCUCGGACACAGUGACUCCAGCUCCUCCCCUCAAUGCCAACGUCAGCCCAUUGGCUAACAUGUUCAAGCCACCAAAGGGCGUGGCCCAUCCUGACAGUCCUGCAGAACCUGCGGGCCGUGAGGAGGGCAACCUCCCCCGGUCGACCUCCCUCACCUCCGGGCUCAACCUGCUGAAGCGGCCCAAGGUCCGUACCAUCUUCCCACACUCGGGGGAGGGCAGCGAGACUCUGCUGAGCUUCCAGGAAGGCGCCAUCAUCACUCUGCUCAUCCCGGACGAGAAGGACGGCUGGCUGUAUGGGGAGCUGGACAUGAGCAAGCAGAGGGGCUGGUUUCCUUCCUCUUACUGCCAGCCAUACACAGAGCCGUCGACCAGCACCAGGCCAGACAAGCCGGCACGCAGUAAAAGUGUGGUCAACUUGACUGAGCUGGACUCCUCAGACAUGUUACUCCCCCCACCAGACUACAGCGAUGCAACCAGCAGGGCUGCCCCAGACAAUGCGGCCCCGCCCUACCCCGAAAACACGGAGUCGCAGCACAAUGGUUUUGCAAAAGUCCCUUUCUUGGCGGGAGGGAAUCCCUUUAUUACUGUCAAGCUUCGGCCGACAGUCACUAACGACAGGUCAGCUCCAGUCAUUUAAAGAUCAGAGGCUGCAGGACCAACGCCCCAAAUCUGCAUUAUUGCAGCAAACGUCAUGAAAUCCCUGAGGCUUCAGGGUGGCACCAAAACCCUGGGUAGCUGGUGAGAGUUCAGGCUACUUUAGCGAUGCUGAACUGGGCGGGAUUUCAGAGUGUUCAAUAGAAUUUUUGAAUUUGUAUACCUGUUUUAUUUAUAUUCCAUACAUAUACACCUCCGACUGUGCAUGCUCAAUCUGACUUAGGGAGAAAGAUUAUUUAUAUACUUUUAAAUAUAGAUUUAUAUUUUCUACAUAUCACGCUUGUUGAUCGCACACACUCAUCACCUCACCCAGUAAGCGCAGGCACUACGCAGCGAUUUGUCAUAUAGUGAUAUGUAUCGCUUUAGAUCCAUCUCUGCUUUUCACUUGUAGCAGUGAUAAGACCCUUGAAGAAUGUGUGCAAGAUGGGACAUGAUUCAGUCUGUGCACGUCCAUUACUGCUGCUGCAGUAGUGCAGUGCCUCUUGGGCCUACGGGGGCCCCAUGCAGGAACUCGGUUUGCAGUGAUCACUUAUUGGUAACAUUGUAUCAGGAUGUAUUUGUGAAAUGUAUCCGCUGAGGUGUUUCUGCUACAAAUGAUCUUACGCCGUCUAAUAAAACAAACACAGCCACUUCUUUAACGACGACCUUGGUUAGCGACCACCGGCAAAUACGUUAGUUCAUUUAAAAAAACAAUUAUAAUAAAUCCCACCAACGCAAGCAUUUAUGACUAAAUUUGCCGGAUGGGAUGGAGAUAUUUAAAGUAGAAUUUACAAGAUGUCCACUUUAUGAAGGAUAGGAGAAAUUGAGUAUGGAAGGCUGAAGUCAUACGCAGCCGCGGUCAGGCCCAAACUACCGUGAUUUUUACUUAAUAACCAGAUUGUUGAAAUCGAGGAGUGGUUGUAAGCAGCCCGUUUAAGGAUGAUGCAGACUGUUCAGUUUUGUCUACUGAAGAAAUCAUUUGUCUUCCUAACUGUUCUGUUUUCCAUUGUAACAUUUAAACUAAUCUGUGUGCAUCUUUACCAUUGGUACAGCUGGGGACACUUUUGAAGGCUGGUAAAUUCUGUAAACAUUUUUGUUGUAAAGAUAAAAUAAAUUCACAUCCAGCAAUUUCAAAGAUCUAGCACCAAGUUACAGUUAUACGUCCGAGUUCAAUGAGAGUUCAGUCAGAUGAAACAAGUAUGCAACAAUCUACGAUCCCAAAUAAAACUGACUUACUCUGAA